AAAAUAUAUAUAUAUAUAUAUAUAUAUAUAUAUGAAACGGAUUUGUUUCCGUAUAACUGUAAUAGAUAGUUUUAUGGAUAAAUUAUAACAAUUUCCAUACAGCGGCUCACGAAAGUAUCUGAACGUUCGCUAUUAAAACUUUAAAUUAUAUUAUAAAAAUAUGCAUGUUAGACUUAUAUUCCGAAAAUAAUGUAAAAAUUAUAAGAUUAUGUAUAUGAAAUUUGAAGCGAAUCGAACAAUAUUUAUAGAAGUUAUAAAAAAUUUGUUGCAAAGAUGUAUUGAAACAGUGUCAUAAAAGUAUUCGAACACUAUUAAUUAUAUGCACUUCAUUUUAUUUAAUAUUUAAUUGGAUCUCCCUUGGCUAUAAUUAUGGCUUGGAGACGAUGCAUUGUCUUUAUUUACAUAUUCUUUUGUAAAUUUCAAACGCUUGGCUUGAUUCGUCUUAUUAAUAAAUGCUUUCUUUCUUGGAACUCUACCAUGAAAAUUAUUGUUGCGUAAAAUCCUGCGACAUAAUUCAGGAUGAACAUCUUUUUUAAAAUUGUCAGCAACCAUUUGAGCAAGAUUUGCAGCCGAAAUAUGUGGAUCUUUUUUUAUUUCGCGUAUUAUAAUUUUCUCUUCUCUACUAGUUAAUUUCUUAGGACGACCUGUACGGUGCUUGUUCGUAAUUGUUUCUUCGGUUUUUGAUUUUUUAAUAAUAUAAUGUAUUGUAGAUACACAUCUCCCCACUAAUUCGGCAAUUUCUCUAUACGAUUUCCCUUCUUUAUGGAACUUUAAUAUUAAUUCUCUUUCACAUAUCUGCGUUUCCGAUUUUUUCGGACUCAUUGUAAUUGCAUAAACUAAUUGUAUUUUUAACAAAGCACGAAACUCACUACACGAUGUCACUACAUCAACUACAUUGUCGAAUGUUUACAGUUCCCUACAAUGGCAUUGUUUGAUAGCUUAAUAUCUAAGCGUUCGGAUACUUUUAAUUUUAUUUUCAACAUUACUUUCGGAACAUAGGUCUAUAACAUGCAUAUUUUUAUUAUUUAUAGUUUUAAUAGCGAGCGUUCGAAUACUUUCGUGAGCCACUAUAUAUAAAACUUAAAAGAGAACGAUUUGUAAUCUCUCAUUGAUCGGUUAUCUCAUGAUGUUAUGUGUGGCUGUGUAUAUGUAAAAAGAAACACGUUAUUUAAGUAUAUUCUUGAUAAGGACAAGUCAAUUAAAAGGGCAAGUAUUUUUCCUAGUGCUUUAAUUAAUUUUUUCUAAAAAAGAAAUCGUACACACACACACAUAACAGAUGCAUCAAGCGAUAUUGGAUGUAAACACUUGCGAAAAAGACAAGAUCUGCGCGACAUCUGAUAGUUUAACAGAUAACUAGUUGAAGUACUCUCUCUCUCUCACGCUCUUAUAAAGUAAUUUCUGUUUAUAUGAUUGUGACUUAAGAAUUGGCGCCAUCGGAUAAUUUACAAAUAAAUUUAAUCAUUAAUUAAAAUAAAUAGUGUCGAUUGAUAAGGAAUACAUUUAUAAUUAUGGCUAAAAAUAACGCUGUCGAAAUACCAAUUCCAGAUGAAGUUUGUAAACAAGUAGGUAUUACAGCAAGCUGGAUUAAUUCAAAUAAGAUUGGAUUAUAUGCUCACAAAUACAUAAAUAAACAUAUACAAGAUACAAAAAGUACAUUUACUACAUCUGAUAUUAAAGUACAUAUCCUAAGACCUGAAGUAAUAUUAUUUUCUCCUCCAUUGCGUAAACUUGUUAAUGAAAGUAACGGAGUCUUCUUAUCAAUUUAUAAAAUUAAAUCAUCUUCUUCUGGAGAUAUUUGUCCAGAGUUAUUGAAACAUAGCAAGCAAUAUCGUUCUAUUUUAAGAGCGUGCGUGGAAGGUCUACAAGAUAUUGCUGAAAAAUCUUUACCUGAAAGUAAAAUAACCAUAGAAAAUUUUCUAACUAUCUUUUAUAACGUCGAAUGUGUAUGGCAUUUAACAGAGAUUUUAUAUCUUGAUAAUAUUCCAGGUAAUGUGAUAUUACCACGUUUGUUAGAAUGGAUUCAAUUUCAUUUUCCAUCAAAAGAACUUAAAGCAAUUAAAAUAUUGUCACAGAAGUGUAUUGCAGCUGAUCUAGAAUAUAUAUACUACUGGGAAGUAAUAAUAGGUUGCGCAUUACAUGGAAAAAUAGAUUUAGUAUGUGCACUUUUGUCAAUGCAUAGCAAAGCUGAUCAUCCAGCUUUUAUAGUUGCAGAAAAUUCAAUUAAAGCUAUGCCUAUAUAUAAUAUUUAUGGUGGUUAUUCAGUGAGUGAGUUUACAGUACGCUGGAAACAUUGGCAGUUAGAUUUAUCUUCAAAUAUCGAUAGCAAAACUUUCGCUAUUGAUAACAACUUAGAAAUGCUUAUGAAGUUAGUAGCUGGGGAUGAAUCUACAAUAUGGGAAUUUUCAAAAUAUACAGAGGCCUGGUAUGAAUUAUUGGCUGCAAAAUUAUUUUAUUCUGUACCAUGUUGUAAACAAGUUGAAUUUUCACGACAUGCAUAUAACAUGGCAGAAAGAUGGAAAGCAAAUAAACCUUUGGAUCAUAUUAUUUUGGCUUUAAUAGAAAAUGAUCUUCAUCAAGUAAUUAAAGAAAUUCAAUUUAUGAAUGAUAAUGGAUGGUUUGCAGCUCAUUUGAUAGAUUUACUUUAUAAUUGUGGAAAAUUAAAUAUUAUAGAUAAACAUCAAAAGGAUAUUACCGCACAGUUACAUGAAUCCCUCAUUUUAGAGUAUGCUACCGCUUUAAUGGGACAUCAUUCCUUAUGGCAAUGUGGUGCAAGCUAUUUAAUGCAUUGCCCUAUUCAGGGUUUAGCUAGAUUAGAACUAUUAUUAGAAUCAUUACCUAUGGGAUCAGAAGCAAGAGUAAACAAAAUUAUUGAUAUUGCACGUGGUAGUAAUUUGAAUCACAUAGUUACUAGUAUAUGCAAAAUCCAAGGUAUGAAAUGCAUUAAACAAAAACGACUUGGGAAUGCAUUGUCAUGGGCAUUAAAAGCCCAAGACGGUGGUUUCAUAACAUACAUUGCUAAUCAAUUUUUAAAAUAUUAUGCAGAAAAUGGGGAAUUAGAAUGUCGUGAUUUACUUGAGAACUUAGGACCUUGUAUGUUAGCUAGUGAUAGGCUUACAUUUUUAGGUAAAUAUUGUGAGUUUCAUCAAAUGUAUAGUAUUGGUGAGUUCAAAGAAGCAGCUAGCUUAUUAGUAUCUCUGAUAGUUUCUAAUCUUACACCAAGAUAUUUUUGGUCAAUCCUGUUUACGGAUGUUAUUCCACUUCUGGAAAGUGAGGAUGUAAUUUUAUCUUCCAUCGAUUCCUUUGAAUUAUUACGUUGUGUUGAAGCUCAUGGCGAUGAUCCUAAGUUUUCAGAUAAAGUAGAAAUAUUUCGCUUUGCAGUUGCACGAAAUUUAGCUAGAGCAUUAAAUCUUGAAGGCUGUCAAGCAGAAUAAUAAAAAAAUAACUUGAUGAAAAAUAAAAAAAAUUUACUAUUGUAAUUUUUAAAUAAAAUUGAACAGUAUGACUGUAAAAUU